CGCGAGAUUACGUUGAGCUGUCUGGAGUUCGGUUGCCCCACCAACUAACGUUAAACAAACACAACCCAGCGGCAAAUUGAGACGUUACCAUGGUUACAGUGGGCAUCCAAACACAACAUAACUCGACAGCAGCUUCAUUCACGAGGUGCUACAGGGGCCUAAAGUCCUUAAAUUAACAUCUGUAACGCCAAAGUCUCAUUAGAAACGGAGAAAAUGUACAAAGUGGAUUUGCCCGUAGAGCAGUCAUUAGAAGAGGCUGUGCAGAGGCGGAGGUCUGCAGAGACAGCACGCAAGGCCCGGAUCUUCAACACCAGGCUCCGAGUGAUGGGCCUUGAUAUUGAUGCCGUCAACCAACAGGUCCAGGAGAAAAAACAUCAGCAAAACAUGGAGAUGCAACGGGACAAAGCUUUUGAUAAGCUGAGAAAAUAUCACGAUGAUGCACUGCUGCAGCAAGAUAUUGAUGAAAGAGAGAAGCGGGCAGCUUUGCAUACUGACCUGACCCAGUUUUGGGCCACUCAUCAACGUGUAGAGGACUCACGAGAUGCUGAUCUCAAGUGUGGCCUGAAGGGGGCAUUUAGGAUCACCAUUCCAGAGGGCGAGCUGGGGCCUGCCAGCAUGCAAGUCUUUCAGGGAGAGGAUAUUGGAGAGGAACAAAAGAGGAGAGAACAAAUAAAGAAGACAGAAAGAGAUCUGCGAGCACAGAAGGAAGACAAUGACAGAAGGCACAUGGGAGCCAAGCACAGAGAGACUCUCGUGAGCAAAGAGAUGGUGCAUCAGGACCUUAUGGGGGUUCAGCUGCACGCAGUAGAGGAGGAGUGUAAGAAAGCUGCCCGCAUCGCUCUCGACAACUACAAUCAAGUUCUGGCUGCAGAGCGGGCAGAGAAACUGAAGGAGCAGCACAGGGGAGAGGAAAGGCAGAAUCUGGCAGAGAUAUGGCACACGCUGACAUCCGACAUGAUGACAGAGUGUGCAGAGGCAGCGGAGAGAGAGGUGGAAGGAGGGAAACCGCCCCGGGUCCUGAUAGACAAGUGGAAGGGGAUGAGCCCUAAGCAGCUGAGCGCCAUCCACAGGGAGAGAGAAGAACAGUGUCUUGAGAGACAGAGACAACGUGAUGCAGAGAAGGUUCAGGAGGCAGCUUGGAAACUUAAGCUCCUGAAACUGUCCAGAGAAACAGAGGAGGAGGAAAGGAGAACAGCAGAGCUGAGGAGACAGAAGAGGAUUCAAACAGAUCAUUACAACAUGCAGCUGGCCAGGGAGCAGCAGGCAUAUCAGGAGUACCUGAACAAGAAGCUUUACACCAACAAACCCACCAAGGACUACUUUUUUCAGUUCAACACAAGCUCCCGCUGAACACCACACAUCUUACACAGGCUUGUUCUCCUGUGACAAUGUGCUAAUAAAAUCUACUGGUUGCUAUACUCGCACUCAAUGUGAA